UCAGCCACUCAUCACGAAGCAGCCUAGCAGUAGAGUAGACGCUUGUUCGGAUGGAGGGUGAACCUUUCACUUGAUUACCCGUUGUUCGGGGCAUGUACGGCAUUUGGGAGUGUAGCUGCUUGCACUUAUUUUUCCACCAGUGGGGAUUAUUAUCAUUUUUUUCCAGCGAUGUGGUUAUUGACAACACCACACAGCCAGUGAUGUGCCAUGGUGGUGAUACAACAAGCUAAGCUAGCAGGGAGGGGGGGCUGAUUUGGGAGAUUUUGAAUAAGUUUAACAAAUGAGUCACACACUUUGUUAAUUUUGAACGAACUGCAACACAAAAGUUGGGAUGUCUAACCAGGGAGUUCGGAGAAAUGGCCCAGUAAAGCUACGGUUGACAGUUCUGUGUGCAAAGAACCUGGCAAAGAAAGACUUCUUCCGGUUACCUGAUCCUUUUGCCAAAGUUGUGGUGGACGGUUCUGGACAGUGCCACUCUACAGAUACUGUGAGAAAUACAUUAGACCCCAAGUGGAAUCAACAUUAUGAUCUAUACAUUGGAAAGGCUGAUUCCAUCACCAUUAGUGUUUGGAACCACAAGAAGAUACACAAAAAGCAAGGAGCUGGUUUUCUGGGUUGUGUCCGGCUCCUCUCCAACGCCAUCAACAGACUCAAGGACACCGGAUAUCAGAGACUGGACCUCAAUAAGCUUGGCCCCAAUGACAAUGAUACAGUGAGAGGGCAGAUAGUCGUAAGUCUUCAGUCAAGGGACCGCAUUGGUACUGGAGGACCAGUGGUGGACUGCAGUCGUUUGUUUGACAACGACCUACCCGAUGGAUGGGAAGAGAGACGAACAGCCUCUGGAAGAAUCCAGUACCUGAACCACAUUACACGCACCACACAAUGGGAGAGACCCACCAGGCCAGCAUCGGAGUACUCCAGCCCAUCCGGGCGGCCGCUGAGUUGCAUGGUGGACGAGAACACACCGGUGAUGACGCCCAUUAAUGGGGCGGAGGCCUGCGGUCCCCCGGGCGAACAGCGGAUCCAGGAGAGACGGGUGCGAUCGCAGCGGCACCGCAACUACAUGAGUCGAACACACCUGCACACGCCUCCUGACCUCCCCGAGGGUUAUGAGCAAAGAACAACUCAGCAGGGCCAGGUGUACUUCUUGCAUACUCAAACAGGAGUCAGCACCUGGCAUGAUCCUCGCGUUCCCAGGGACUUGAGCAACGUGAACUGCGAGGAGCUUGGCCCUCUGCCGCCAGGCUGGGAGAUUAGAAACACUGCAACCGGUCGUGUGUACUUCGUGGACCACAACAAUCGAACAACCCAGUUCACAGACCCGAGACUGUCUGCGAACCUCCAUCUGGUUCUCAACCCCAGUCCAAAUGGAUCCCGUGUGGCCACAGACAGCCAAAACACUAACCUCAGCCAUCCAGCUCAGUUGAAGGGACAGGGAGGUCCUGGUGUGCCCCAACAGGCUCUGUCCCCAGCCCAGUUGCCAGAGGAGGCAGAGUGCCUGACAGUGCCCAGGUACAAGAGAGACCUGGUGCAGAAGCUGAAGAUUCUACGUCAGGAGCUGUCUCAGCAACAGCCUCAGGCGGGCCACUGUCGGAUCGAGGUGUGCCGGGAGGAAAUAUUUGAGGAGUCAUACCGGCAGGUGAUGAAAAUGCGACCGAAGGAUUUGUGGAAAAGACUGAUGAUCAAAUUCAGAGGAGAGGAGGGUCUAGACUACGGUGGUGUGGCAAGGGAAUGGUUAUACUUGUUGUCCCAUGAGAUGCUGAACCCUUACUACGGCUUGUUCCAGUACUCCAGAGAUGACAUCUACACUUUACAGAUUAACCCCGACUCUGCUGUCAACCCGGAGCACCUGUCAUAUUUCCACUUUGUGGGUCGCAUCAUGGGCAUGGCCGUGUUCCACGGCCACUACAUCGACGGAGGCUUCACUCUGCCUUUUUACAAACAACUGUUGGGAAAGCCCAUCACACUGGACGACAUGGAGUCUGUGGACCCCGACCUACACAACAGCCUCGUUUGGAUCCUGGACAAUGACAUCACUGGUGUCCUGGACCACACCUUCUGCGUAGAGCACAAUGCCUAUGGAGAAAUCAUCCAGCACGAGCUCAAACCCAAUGGAAAGAGCAUUUCUGUCUCAGAGGACACCAAAAAGGAGUAUGUCAGGUUGUAUGUUAACUGGCGUUUCCUCCAUGGCAUUGAGGCUCAGUUUUUGGCCCUGCAGAAAGGCUUCAAUGAGGUCAUCCCGCAGCAUCUGCUCAAGUCCUUUGACGAGAAGGAGCUGGAGCUGAUUGUGUGCGGCCUGGGGAAAAUCGACGUCUCUGACUGGAAGUCUAACACGCGUCUGAAACACUGCACGCCCGACAGCAACAUAGUCAAGUGGUUCUGGAAGGCAGUGGAGUCGUUUGAUGAGGAAAGGAGGGCCCGCCUGCUGCAGUUUGUCACAGGCUCCUCCAGAGUGCCCUUGCAGGGCUUCAAGGCGCUACAAGGUGCUGCAGGGCCACGACUCUUCACCAUUCAUCAGAUUGAUGCCAACACCAACAACUUGCCCAAAGCCCACACCUGCUUCAACCGCAUCGACAUUCCGCCUUACGAGAGCUACGACAAGCUGUACGACAAGCUGCUGACCGCAAUCGAGGAGACGUGCGGCUUUGCGGUGGAAUGAGACACAUCUUUUUGCGCGCGUGCGCGCAUGUGUAUCUGUGCACGAGUGCAUGCUGGUGUGUUGACGUGUGACUGUACGAAGGACACCACAACUGAGCAUCCCCGCAGUCUUCCUCUUUGUGUUCUCGCUGCUGUCCACGUUCUUCCCCGUGUCAGUAUGACUUUGUUCAGUGUUUCUUUGUGUUGUAGCAGCAUCAUUUCAUCAGCAACAUGCAGACGCUACUGUGACCUCUCGCCAUGUCGUCUUCAGGUAGCCACUUCUUGCCCACACGCUCUCUUUCCAUGUUUAUGAAGGUGGAGGGACACACAUUCAUCCUACCUCAGUCCAAACCCUUACGUAUGCGUGUGUGUGUGUGUGAGAGACAGAGUUCAAUUGAGACGGUGUUUAAAAAUAAGGACUCUGGUGAAGAAGAUGUGUGCAUGUGUGUCUCUUUUUUGUUGUUUUCUUUUUAUAGGCCAAUUGUUCUCACAUUCACCCACAUGGUUUUACACUUUUCCUGUCCCCAUCACAUGUCACCGCCGCAAAGUGUUGCCGGGCAGAUUAUUUUCACUUCUCUCUUCUCACUGUAAAGCACUUUAAAGCAAGUGAGUGAUGGUGUCAGGAGUGCUUUUUUUUUCUUUUCCACAUGACUUUAAAAAUGUAUCAUUAUUAUGUUAAGAGAUAUACGGAGGAAAUCAUAUCUGAACACCUGCAUUGUUUGAGAAUAUAUAUAUAUGUACAAAUAUAUGAUUUUUCUAUGUGUUUGCUUGUGGUUUGUCUUUCACAGACCUCUUUGCAUUCUCAGGUGAACUGCUUUUUUUUAUUCUUCUCUUGUUGGGUGCUGGGAAGUGUGAUUUUUUUUUUUUUAACAUGAUAAAAUGAGAAGGCACCUGACUUCUGAUUUAUUAUUAUUAUUAUUAUUAUUGAAUAGUCCUCUCAUCGCAGCUUGAAGCAACACGGGGAUGUUUCCACUAAAUUGGAAGCAGCACAGAGGACAAUAGUUUCAUAUCUAAAUAAAUGUGUUUCAAUUAGUAACAAUAAAACAGACUAAUUGCUCAGAAAAUAUGCCUAUUUAUGUGCGUACUGUAGCUAUUUCUUUUUAUUGUUAUCGGAGACAGAAGAACAACCCAAUGCAAUGCAUGUACUAUUUGCGUACAUCAUGUACCAAACAGAUCACAUACUGUAUAUGCACACAUGUAAGACUGUCCACUGGUGAUCUUCAUUUUGUGUUUUCUGGCUUCUUCACUCGUCCCUGCAAACGAUUUUGGGCAUUUUUUUAGGGCUUCGAGGCCAAAUUGUUCCCACUAUAAACAAAAGUAUUGGAAGUGAACACCAUCCCUUAACAAAAACGCUGAUUGCAACGAAUUCUGUACUUUUUCCAGGCUUUGUAUUUAUUAUUACAGUAAAUGUUAAUAGAUUUUUUUUCACCUUAGCUGCUCUGUGACACCUGUACAUAAGGUCAGUAAAGAUGCAAAGGUAAAAAUAUAACAUAAAAGAACAUUCUUGUACUAUUACAGAAAGCGGAGCAAUAAAACACUGCU